AUGUUUGAUCCCUCGCCGCCGCCCGAGGACGGCUGUCCCUUUUGCGAAAUCACCAGCAGCUUCCCGCCGUACGACCCCCUCGCGCCGCCCGCCACCGUCGCGGCUGGCCCGCAGCGCGCCGCCGCCCCCGCGCCAGCCUCCUUUGUCGUCCUCUCCACGCCGGCCGUCAUUGCCUUUCUCGACAUCAUGCCCCUGAGCGCGGGCCACGUGCUCGUCUGCCCGCGGCGCCACCGGCCCAAGCUCACCGACGCGACGCCCGACGAGGCGCGGGCGCUGGGCGAGCAGGUCCGCGUGCUGUCGGCGGCGGUCGCGCGCGCGACGGGCGUCGACGACUGGAACGUCGUGCAGAACAACGGCGCCGCGGCCGCGCAGGUCGUCCCGCACCUACACUACCACAUCAUACCGAGGCCCGAGAUACGCGCGUCCGGGCGGCUGUCGAGCAGCUUCACCAUGUUUGGCAGGGGACAGCGCGAGGAGCUCGAUGACGACGAGGGCGAGACGCUCGCGGCGGAGAUACGGAAGCGUGUGGCCGAGGUCAUGAAGGAGGAUGGAAAGACAAAGGUCAAGGCUAAACUGUAA